AUGAAAGCUGAUUAUGAAGAGCACGAUGCUAUUCUAAUCGCUUGUUGCAUGAUGCAAAUCAAGGCCAAGUUUGAUACUGAUGAAGGUCUGAACUUCAUUCAACAGUAUUACAUCAAUCAAGGACUUAAGAAGUUUGGUGAUGAUGGAAAGGAUGCUGUGGAUAAGGAAUUGAGACAAAUGCUCCUGAGAGAUUUUUUUACUCCCGAAUUUGUUAAAGAUAUGACCGCGUCUGAGCGAAAGAAGGCACAAUCAGCGAUGAUGUUACUCACAGAGAAGCAAUUCGAAAAGAAAAUUAAAGGUCGCCUAGUAUUCGGAGGCGAUGGAACUCGUGAAUGGUUAUCGCGAGAGGACACUGCAAGUCCAACUGCUUUGCAGGAAGCAAUCACCACUACUUGUGUUAUUGAUGCACACGAAGGUAGAGAUGUAAUGACGCUGGACUUGCCUAACACUUUCAUUCAAACUUAUAUGCCUGAUGCUAAGGAAGGAGAAGAUUGCGUCUACAUGAAAAUCACUGGCAUGAUGGUCCAGAUAUUGAUUGACAUGGCCCCAGAGUAUCGCGAAUACGUUGUAUUAGAGAACGGAAAGCGAGUAAUCUAUGUGCGGGUACUACGUGGUAUAUAUGGGAUGUUGCAAUCAAGCCUCCUAUUCUAUAAUCAGUUUCGAAGUGAUUUGGAGGCAAAGGGAUUUGUUUUCAACCCGUAUGACCUGUGUGUUGAUAACAAAGUUGUUAAUGAAAAACAGCAAACUAUCAGAUUUCAUGUUGACGAUCUUAUGUCAAGUCACAUGGAUCCAAAAAGGAAAGAUACACAGAUAUCUUGGAAUGACUUUGGAUUUCUUGGUGAAAGGAAAACUCAAAUCCGCAUGGACGACUAUGUCAACAACAUGAUGGAAGACUUUCCUGUCAAGUUCAACAAGGAUUCAAAGCAGGAAACACCAGCUGGUAACGAUUUACUGGAAGCUGGUAAAGGGAAGUUACUCAGUGCUGAGUACCGUCAGAUCUUUCAUACUAUUGUUGCAAGGGGACUUUAUGUCUCUAAGAGAGCUCGUUUGGAUAUCCAUCCAACGAUUACUAUUCUUGCCUCAAGAGUUCAAGAACCUACAGAGUCUGAUUGGAAGAAGUGUGUUCACAUGAUGCAAUAUUUGUUUUGUACAUCGUUGUAUUACCUGACACUUUCCGCAGAAUCACUCCAAGUCAUGAAAUGGAUGAUUGACGCAUCAUUUGCGGUGCAUCCAGAUUUCAAGAGCCAUACUGGCGGCACUCUGUCCUUUGGAGGAGGUGCAGCUCACGGGCAAAUGUCCGUUUGA